AUGCUAAACCUUCCCACAACAACAGCCCAGGAUGAUAUAUUUUUUAUUUGUUUGUUUCUCAGGGUCACUACCAUGGAGCUCUGGAACCACACCACCGUAACGAACUUCAUCCUUUCAGGCCUGUUCAGCCACACACUAUAUGACUUCUUCCUCUUUUCCCUGGUCCUUCUUGCCUCCAUGGCCUCACUGGCUAGCAACAUCUUCUUCCUACUUCUUAUCCAGGCCAGUGUGCACCUGUACAUCCCUAUGUACUUUUUCCUGAGUCAGUUCUCCAUCACGGACCUGACCAUGAUGAGCACUGUUGUGCCCAAGAUGGCAGGCAACUUUCUUUCAGACAGUAAGAUUAUCUCUCAGGGAGACUGUGGGGCUCAGAUCUUCCUAGUGGUCAUGGUAGGAGGAGCUGAGUGCUUCCUCCUGGCAGUCAUGGCUUAUGAUCGGUACGUGGCAAUCUGUCACCCACUGCGGUACCCUGUGCUCAUGAACUGGAAGGUCUGCUCUCUCAUGACCAUGGCUUCUUGGAUGGGUGGGGUGGCAGAUGGUGUGAUUGACGUGAGCAUGGUCUUCAGCUUCCCCUACUGCAGCUCUCAAGAGGUAGACCGCUUCUUCUGUGAGGUCCCUGCCCUGCUGCACAUCUCUUGUGCUGACACCUCGCUCUUUGAGGACCUCAUCUAUGCUUGCUGUGUGGUCAUGCUGCUGCUGUCCCUUGGGAUCAUUGUGGCUUCUUACGUUUGGGUUCUCACAGCUGUGAUUAGGAUGCCCUCCACUGAGGGGAAACAGAAGGCUGUAAGUACUUGCUCCUCCCACCUGGCUGUAGUGGGCCUCUACUAUGGGGGAGUCAUAUUUAGCUAUAUGCAGCGGGCUUCCUCUAGGACACUGACUGGAGACCGAGGCACCUCCAUCUUUUACACCAUCCUCACCCCAUUGCUCAACCCACUCAUUUACAGCCUGAGGAACAAGGAGGUAAUGAGGGCCCUGAAGAAGAUGCUGGGGAGAUGGGGAGUGUAG